AUGUCAACUCCAAGCAUCAAGAAAUUAGAUCAAGCAGUUGUUAAUAGAAUUGCUGCAGGAGAAGUGAUUCAACGUCCUGCUAAUGCUCUGAAGGAAUUAAUUGAAAAUUCGUUGGAUGCAGGCUCAACCCAGAUUCAAAUUUCAAUAAAGGAUGGUGGUUUAAAGCUAUUACAGAUUCAAGACAAUGGACAUGGAAUAAGAAAAGAGGACAUGGCCAUUGUCUGUGAACGCUUUACGACGAGUAAGCUGUCAAAAUUUGAAGAUCUAUCACAAAUUGCAACCUACGGCUUUCGUGGCGAGGCCUUGGCAAGUAUUUCACAUGUAGCACAUGUCACCAUAACAACCAAAACCGCUGAUUCACCAUGUGCAUAUAGAGCAUCCUAUUCAGAUGGAAAGCUCGUACCUGCUCGUCCAGGGCAAAGUGCAGACCCAAAGCCGUGUGCAGGGAAUAAUGGAACACAAAUAACAGCAGAGGAUUUAUUUUAUAAUGUCCCAACCAGACGAAAAGCACUCAAGUCAGCCAGCGAAGAAUAUAACAGAAUAUUAGAUAUUACAACACGUUAUGCUGUUCACAAUUCAGGUGUUAGCUUUACUUGUAGAAAGGUUUGGACAAAUGUAUCCGAUAUACAAACACCGACAGGAGCUAGUACUCUGGAUAACAUUCGGCUGCUGUAUGGAUCGGUGGCAUCAGAAUUACUACCUGUAGAAAAAGGCUUUGAAGAAGUAGAGUUUAAGUUAAAAGGGUAUAUAUCGAAUGCAAACUAUAGCUCAAAAAGAACGACAUUCUUGCUGUUUAUCAAUCAUCGAGCCGUAGACAGCUUAAAUAUUAAGAGAGCAAUUGAAAACCUUUAUUCAUCAUUAUUACCUAAAGGUGGACAUCCAUUUGUUUAUCUUAGCUUAGAGAUAAAUCCAAGGAAUGUCGAUGUGAAUGUUCAUCCAACAAAGAAAGAAGUUCAUUUUUUAUAUGAAGACAGAGUUGUGGAGGGUAUAAUCAGCGCAUUUCAAAGCGUAUUGGAGAAUGCGAAUAGUUCUCGAACAUUUUAUACGCAAGUACUGCUUCCAGUGGCUGAGUACAGAUAUGUUCGAACAGACAGUAAAAUGAAUCAACUAGAAACAUUUGGCUAUUCGAUCCAACCUAAAAGAUCACGUACAGAGAAUGACAUGGAUCAAGCAAACGAAAUGCCCUUGAUUGAAGUGACUAAAAAACCAAGGGUAGAGGUUCGACUAACCAGCCUAUUACAGUUGCGUAAAGAAGUCAAAAAAGAUGAAAUACCAGAGUUGACAUCUGUAUUUCAAAACCAUACAUUCAUUGGCUGUGUUGAUGAUAGAUUAGCCUUAAUACAAUAUGAACAGGAUAUAUUCCUUUUAUUUUAUCAAAUUGCCCUUUCUGAAUUUUGUAAUAUGGGAGAACUCAAAUUAUCGAAGCCUAUGUCAAUAAAGGACUGUGUUCUUAUGGCUAUAGAAUACGAAGCAGCAAAAGGGAAUUUACCAGAUGAAUUACAAGAUGCAAAUACGAUCGCAGCAACAAUAUCUGAGGUACUCGUGUCAAGAGCUGAUAUGUUGAAAGAAUAUUUCUCAAUGACAAUAUCACCUGACGGGUUCCUCCUUGGACUUCCAAUGUUGAUUAAAGAUUAUGUACCGUGUAUGGACAAACUACCUUUAUUUUUAUUAAGAUUAGGUACUGAAGUCGACUGGGAAUCAGAAAAGAAGUGUUUUGAAACGUUUUCAAGAGAACUUGCAAUAUUUUAUUGUGCAGAUCCUUUAAAGGAUGAUCAAGAAAAAGAACGGUUCUUAUAUCAAGUUCAACAUUAUCUAUUUCCUUGCUUCAAGACUCAUUUUAUAGCUACAAACAUAUUACAAUCCCAUGUUUAUCCAUUAGCAAAUUUAACAGAUUUAUACAAAAUAUUUGAAAGAUGUUAA